AAUGAUGUUUGAUUUCAACUUUUGAAUUAAAAUAUUUAAAUCAAUAAUUAUAAUCUUUAAACAUGAAUGACAAAGAGUUUUCAUCACAAUUUCAAUCGUUGUUAGUACCACAAAGUGAAGUUAUAUGUUCACCCAAGAAAAACUUGACAGGAUGUCUUCGAAUAGCUAAGGAUAUUGUUGCUGAUCUUUACAAUGCUAUUCAGAAGUGGAAUGAUUCUCAUAUCAGGGGAGCUCAAUGUGUGAAACAAAUUGCCAUACUGAAAUCUGACAAUAGAGAGUUGACAACACAACUGGAAGAUUAUUUGAAUAGUUUGUACAUCAUUGUGCAGAAUUUGAGGUGUCUUGAAGAACAAUUUGCAUUAUUUAAAUCCCAAAUCAGAGCUUUGGAAAAAAUCGAGAAGAAAUCAGAAAACAUUUUCUUAUCCCUCAAUGUUUUAGGACUUGCAAAAUUGAUUGAAUCUAUAGUUGAUGCUUAUAGGGAAGAGUUUAAGGUGAAAGAAGUUAUUCUGGAAAAUAUUGCACAUUCUAAAAAUAAGCAUGAAGUGAUGUUUUAUGCCACUUGCUGGACACUUCAAGCCAAUAUAACAAGUGAUACAAAUUUUAAAUUAGAACUAAUUCUUCUGGAAACUGGUCAUCUAAAAAUUUGCACAUGAAAUACUAUUUUGAUCAAAUGCAGUGUGAUUCUUCUGCUGAUACCAACUGACUGAUAUCUCAAUCAUGGAAAAUACACUUUUAACUUGUGACUGAAAACUAUUGAAUAAAACAGCAUUGUUGAGAAUAAGUUUACUCUCAUUUCAAUUUUUAAAGGUACACAAAUAUAACAUAUCAAGCAAUGCUGCUAGCAUUUGAUGCUAUUCUUGGCCACAAAUCUGCACAUUCUUUUGCUACUGGUCCAGUAAUAGCAGACCCUUUCAUUUCUCCUUUGUUGUUGACAAUGACUCCAGCAUUAUCUUCAAAGUAUAUGAAGACACCAUCCUUCCUACGGAAAGGUUUUCUCUGCCUGAUGACCACUGCAGGCAUAACCUUUUUUCUGAGUUCUGGUUUACCCUUUUUCACAGUGGCUACAAUCAUGUCACCUGCUGCUGCAGCAGGCAGCCUGUUGAGACGUCCACCAAUACCUUGUACUGCAAUGACAUAUAAGUUUUUUGCUCCUACAAAAGAGUUACAUUGUUAGAACAAUAUGACAACCCAUUAUUCACUAGAAGGUAUAAACUGAAAUUCUAAUUUUCUUCAAAUUUGAAAACUCACCCGUGUUGUCAGCACAAUUGAUAACAGCACCUACAGGAAGUGCCAGGGAUAUCCUGAAUUUGGCUCCUGCGGAACCACCACGUCCUAAAAAACAGUGAAAACUUUUAGAGACCACAACAACAUAACCUACGAAAACAUAUCACAAAUUUUUUCGAACAAUUAUCUGAUCAAUUGAGAAAAUAAAUAAUUAGUAACUCGACUGUAUGAGUUCCAAUGAUAAUUAUGGUAAAAUACUUCGUCUAAUUACAAUGAUUGUUAUAAUUUGAG